AUGGCGUCGCUCUCUGUCAACCUUGCUUCUAGCGUCACAUCGUCUGUUUUCGCGGCGGAGUCGACACCGGCGCUGGGGACACUCGAGUCCGCUGGCGCUGGAAUCACUGGAGGCUACACCGGCGAUUCUCUUCCCCUUAAGAUCAUCAUCGCGUUUCUGCUCGGUCUUUCGCUCUACAACGCUAUCGAACUCAUUGUUCUCGCUUUCGUCACUUUCCAGCGCUACCAUGGGUUGUACUUCUGGUCGCUCGUCAUCAGCGCAUUCGGCAUCAUACCAUACUCGCUGGGCUUCAUCAUCAAGUUCUUCCGCUUGUUGGACCCCGCGGCGAAUGCUGGAUAUGUUGGCGUCGUCUUACUCACGCUUGGCUGGUAUCCCAUGAUCACUGGGCAAUCAGUCGUUCUAUGGUCGCGUCUCCAUCUCGUUACGAACUCGCGCCGAGUCCUUCGCUGGACUCUCUACAUGAUUAUCGUCAAUGGCGUACUGCUCCACUCAGUUACGACCGUCUUGACCUUCGGUUCCAAUUCGAACUCGCUUUCCGAUGCUACGCUGCGUCGCUUCGUCCGCGGAUACUCGAUAAUGGAGAAAGUGCAGAUGGUGUGCUUCUUCGUGCAAGAAACCAUCCUGUCCAUAGUAUACAUCAAGGAGACGGUACGACUACUGAAACUCUCGGAAACGGUACAAGACGACGUACGCAGUUUCGACGACAGCGCUGGAAACCAAUCCCACGGGCACCUCAAGAACACAAACGUUCGAAAGACAAUGUACCAGCUCCUCACCAUCAACGUACUAAUCAUUGCCAUGGACAUCGCCCUGCUCAGCGUCGAAUUCGCCAAUCUGUACCUCAUCGAAACCACCCUGAAAGGCGUCGUAUACUCCAUCAAACUCAAACUCGAAUUCGCCGUCCUGGGAAAACUCAUCCAACUCGUGCGCGUCCGAGCCGAAUCCGAUCAGAGCAUGAACAACGCCUACGCACGCGGUAGCAGCUUCGAACGCCGGAAUACCCUGACACUGGAAAAGACACAAAGUGGUACAGCGAGUGUAGGCGCAUCGGCGAGACUCAACGGCAGCCUGCUCACGCACGAUUUCGGCGGAUCGCAAUAUCCCGACUUUGUGGAUCCCCGACGCAUCAGCCCGAACGUUACGCAUGCGGAACCGGCGAAUGGCGAGACUGGCUGGGAGACGCGAGGGCAGCAGGAAGAUCAGGAUAAGUGGAGGAGGCGGGUUAGAGUCAAGCGGGGCAGCUGGAUCGAUGAAGAGAUGGACAAGCAUAAUAUUGGGUGA